AUGAUCCAUGCUGAGCCAAUCGGAUUUCCCUACGGCCAAAGUCUGCGGGAGGAGAUCAGCGAAAGCCACUCCAAAAACGGUUCCGCCCGUGUCCGGAGCUGGAGGUGGGAUUACCGCAAACCGCUGCAUCAGCACAUCUGCGGAAACAAAGGAAAAAUCGGGCUCUUUGUCGAAGUGCUGUCUCGCAUCGUGAAGAGCCCCCUGGAGUCCCCCUUAGAGUCCGUCCUGGAGUCCAGCCCUGGAGUGCACCCCUGGAGUCCGUCCCUGGAGUCCACCCCUGGAGUCCAGCCCUGGAGUGCACCCCUGGAGUCCGUCCCUGGAGUCCACCCCUGGAGUCCGCCCCUGGAGUCCAACCCUGGAGAGCACCCCUCGAGUCCGUCCCUGGAGUCCUCCCCUGGAGUCCGCCCUGGCGUCCCUCCCUUGAGUCCCCCCCUGGAGUCCGCCCCUUGA